AUGGCACACAACAGAACUGAACUUCCACAUAUACCAACAACUAAAGCAUCCGUGGUUUCUUAUCCCCAUCAGUCCAUAGAUUAUAUAAAAGAGAUACCAAAAUGUGACCGUCAGAGCUUAGUUGAAUGGAGAUUAGGCGUCCAGGAAUCCAUUACUGUCGGAAUACUUGAAAAAAUUUCACUUCUAAAGGCUGAUAUGAUUGAACAUCUUAAAAGGUCAAACUUUCUGGAGCACGAACAGAAGUCUCAAAAGGAUAUUCUUAUCAACGAAAUUAAAACCCUACUUCAAAGCAUUGAGAAAAUCGAUUUGGAAGUUCGUAAAUUUGAAGAAAAUGUACGAGAUAAAUGGUCUACGGUGAAAGAUGCCGCUGUAAACCUAAAAAAUUUAGAAAAUCAUCAUUUAACUAGCUUAACAGAUGUAAGAAGUCGUAUAACACGUUGUGAUCAAGCUAUAUCGACAUUAUCACAAAGAACAAAUCAAACAAUUGAUGAAGUACGACAAUUGGUAGAUACUCAUAAACAUGAUAUAAAUGAAUUGAAUGGUCAACUUAAAUUACACGAACAUAAGUUUGCUGAAAUAACAAAUCAAAUUGAUCGUGACAAUGUUAAAUUUAACUCCGCUGUUCAGCGCUUAGAAGAAACAUUAUAUAAACAAAUUGCCGAUGUUGAAAGACGUUUACAACAAAAGAUCAGUGAAUUACAGAAUGAAAUUCAGGUAUCUAUUCAGCAAUGUCAAGAUGAAAAAAGAUCCUUAGAAUCACGUUUGCUUGAUAGUAUACACACAAUGGCAGCAAACCUUGAAAAUCGUAUUGCAUUUGUUGAAGAGAAAACAAAUGAAUUGAAAAUUGACGAAGAAUUAUACGAUCGAGUUGAAAAUAUCGAAGCGAAUUCAUCAAAUUUUAAACAACAAGUUUUAAGAACAUUUAAAGAAAUAGAAACUCGAAUGAAUAAACUUUCUGAUGAUUUAUAUGAACAUCAUCGUCAAACUAUUGAAACAGUUCGUGAAGAAAUGCGUGAAGGUUUUCAUACAAUGCAUGAUACAUUAACUAGUGCAAAAUCUGUAUUAGAAAAUAAAUUACGUAUAUCUGAAGAAACAUUACAUAUGGAAUUAAGUCAAUUAAGAAAAUUAAUAGUUUUAGUAUAAACUGAUUAUUUGUUUUAAUUAUUAACAAUGAAUGAUAAAGUAUGAUGUUCAUUUCAUUUCAC